AUGGGGACGACAGGCGGCGAGUCCAAGAGCGACGCUGAGAGCGACGUGGAGCAGUACGAGCUCACAGAGGACGAGGAAGAGCAAGAGGAGAAGACGCAGCAGCCGUCGGACUCGGCGAAGCGCACUGCAGGCAAGCGGAAGCGCUCACUGUCUCAAAAUGACGAGGAAGAGAUCGCCCGUCGCCGCCGUAAGCGCCGUUCUCUAGCCUUCCAGCAGCGUCGACGGUCUCUAACGCCCAGCGAGAAGAGAGCUGGCGCAGGAGGAUCCAACGCCGCUCCGACACACAGCAAACAGUACAUUAGUGACAUGUACUCGACCAUUAUCAAGAUAACUCGUGGUCGCUGCAUUUAA